AAGUCACUAGUGGCUCGGGUGUAGGAUGGGAGGUUGUAAUUUUUAUUGACAGAUUCCAGUAACUAAAUUUUUGUUCAAGAUUUAUGAUUGUUUAUUGCUAUGAUUAAAGACGCUCAAAUUUCACCCUUUACCGUGACUGUGUUAAUCAAAUAAUGUAAUCUUCCAGUCAAUUAUUAUUCUGUAAAUAGUUCUUUUAUGACUUAGAAGCCAUGAGUAUUGUACAGGGUGGAUUAAGUAAACUCAAAAAGAAACAUAUUCGGGUUAAACAUCAAAAAGUUAAGUUAUUUCGAGCCAAUGAACCUAUAUUAUCUGUUUUUAUGUGGGGAGUGAAUCAUACUAUAAAUGAAUUGAGUCAUGUUACAAUACCAGUUAUGCUACUACCAGAUGAUUUCCGGGCUUAUUCUAAGCUCAAAGUCGAUAACCACCUAUUUAACAAAGAAAACAUGCCCAGUCACUUCAAAAUCAAGGAAUACUGUCCUCUAGUGUUCAGGAACUUGAGGGAAAGAUUUGGAAUAGAUGAUCUUGAUUAUAAGGAGUCAAUGACAAGAUCUCAACCUGUUGUGAUGGACAAUCCAGGAAAAUCUGGUGCAAAGUUCUACCAUUCUUAUGACCGUCUUUUUGUUAUAAAAACUUUGACUAGUGAAGAAGUUGAAAGAAUGCAUUCUUUUCUAAAACAGUACCAUCCAUACAUUGUUGAAAGGCAUGGGAAAACAUUGCUACCACAAUAUUUAGGUAUGUACAGGUUGACAGUAGAUGGUGUUGAGUAUUACAUGGUCGCUAUGAGAAAUGUCUUUAGCAAUCACUUAGCAACUCACAGGAAAUUUGAUUUAAAAGGAUCAACAGUUGACCGAGAAGCUUCAGAUAGGGAAAAAGAAAAGGAUUUACCUACUUUUAAGGAUAAUGAUUUCGUGAAAGAGGGCACAAAAAUUUAUAUUGGAGAAGAUGCAAAGGAAAAGCUUUUAGAGACCCUCACUGCAGAUGUUGGUUUUCUUACAAAGCUUCAUCUGAUGGACUAUUCCCUCUUACUUGGUAUCCAUGAUUGUAAUCGAGCUGAAACCGAGGGUUAUGAUAUGGAAGAAGUGGAGGGUGAAGAAGAUGAAGACAGUGAAGGUGCUGGUGAUAGGGGUCCUUGGAGCUCAACGCCUCCCGAUUCUCCUCAUCAGCUGUUUAGGGAGUCGAGCUUGCAAUAUGAGGGAGGAAUAGUUCCAGAACUGGAUAUUUAUGCCAUCCCCAGCUCAGAAAAUGCUCCUGUUAAAGAAAUAUACUUUCUGGCUUUGAUUGAUGUACUGACCCAUUACGGUGUGAAAAAACAGGCAGCCAAAGCUGCCAAGACCGUCAAAUAUGGGGGCAAUGUUGAUGGAAUCUCUACCUGUGACCCAGAACAGUAUGGUAAGAGGUUCAUAGAGUUCCUUAGCAAGGCCAUCGAGUGAUUUGCUGGUUCCAUCCAAUGAUACUUUCAUUGCCUCUUUCCUAGCCACUGCGCACAUAAUUGUCUACUUUUUAAAUCAUUCACUGUUAUUUUUACACCUUGUACCCUGAUAAGGGUAUCUUUCAAGUGGUACAGUUUUAUUUUUAUUUUUAUAUUUUUAGUCUAGAGCAGCUCUAGCAUCACAAGUUAAAUACCUCUCCUCUCCAAAAGAAAAAAAUGGAGUUUUAUAGAUUUAUUUUUCUUUAUAGAAAACCUUACAUUCCCAGUCAUAAUUUUUUUAUUUGAUUAAUUUUAUUGCUCUUAAUUUACAUAUUUAUUACUUUGAUCAUAUUAGUGUACGAUCUGAACUUGUUGCAGUCAUGUUUUGAUGACUAGUUCAAAGUAACUAUGUUGAAUCAUAAAGAAUAUUAUAACUUUUCCCAUGUUCUUGAAUUUUUAUUUGAGAGCACAAGCCUACUUAGUCAUUUUUAUUUUUUUUAUAAAUAAAUGUUUCAUACCUAAAAUUAUUAAAUGUUAUCAAUUAUAGCUCAUGCUGAAAAUUCCUUUAAUAAAGCAUGCUUAAAUGUAUAAUUGAAAAUUAUUAAUCCAUCGAUUGAAAUUGUUGAUAUUGUAAGUUUGUUUUAAAAUUCUAUCAAGCGUUGAUGUAUUUAUUUCAUUCAUAGAUGUAGGUAAUACUGUAUACUGUAUUCGCUUGAAUCAUUGUAACAUAUUUUAUUUUACAAUUUGCCUGUGCUGUUGAUUUGAAGAAAGAAAAAAAAAAUCAUACACAUUUUUUGUAUCCAAUGAGUUUUUAUUAUAUUUACCAAAUAAGAAAGUUAGUGUAAAGCUGAUAUGAUAGAUGGUAGAGCUGUGUUAAAUGUUUUUGCUAUGGCUAAUGCCUUAUACAUAAAACACUAUUAUAUAGUUAAUUUUCAUUUAUACCAUUCAUAAACUUUUUCAAGACUUAUAUCUGUAUAAGUAUAUUUAUAUAGUUUGUUUCUGUCAAGGGCUAAAACUUUUUAUAUCGCAUACUAAUAACUUUUUUAAUGCCAUGUUAAAAUUUUUUCAUUGUAUAGAUUUAAAUUAAAAUAACUCUUGAAUAUCACAAAUUCAUUUUAAAAUUAUAAAAAUAAACUAUUUGUAAGUCUUGAUCCACCUAUGUUUUUUCAUGAACAUGUUUUUCUUUUAUGCUUUGCAGAAAACUAAGCUCUAAAGCCCUUUUACUUUAGAUUAAUAUUUUUACUACCAGGCCAGUUAUUUAUAUUUUUUUAAAAAGUUUUUCUAUUUUUAUUUAUUAAUUGCUGAUAAAUACUGCAACCAUUCUUAUUUUGACAAUGGCAGAGCUUAGUUACAUUUAUAAGUACAGCAUAAUUUAACAAUAUUAGUAUUUCUGGAUUAAAAAUCCAUCUACCUGGCUUAUUAUGACAAUGUUCAGAAAACAGGUAUAAAAGUGAUUUAUAGCACAAAAUCAUCUUACAAACAAAAACAUUACAAAUAAUAUUUAUUUAUUCUUUUAUAAUCAAAAAAUAACCUUUUCCUUUCCUUUCCUUCUCUUCCAUCCAGAUUUGUUACUAUUUUUUAUCUUAAUUAUGUUACCAAAAUUGAUAGGAGUUAAAAAGAACUUUUAAACAAAAGAAGUUAAAUUUUAAAAUUUAUUUGUCGUUUGAAAUGACACUGUCUUUAAUACCUGUUGUUAAUUGCAAAUGUAUGCUGAACUUCAUGGAUAAAUUUAGUUUAAUAUAUUUGUGUUCAUAAAAUUUAAAAAAGUCAUAUUCUAUUAGUCAGUUGUAAUACCUUGCUGGACAUGAAAGUUUAGCAUACAUCGUUUACAAAAAUUUAACAGCAGCAUUUAUUUCUAAAUGAAAUAAACUGAUGUCAUUUGAAAGCAUCGAUGUGAUAAUUUUGAUUUUAAUUUUGUAUUUAUCUGUUGUAUUGUAUAUUUGUAUCUAUUAUUAUUAUUAUAUUUUGAUAAUUUUGAAGUUUAUUAUUGUAAUAUAUAAUGCAUUUAAAUAUUUGUUUAAUAUGAAGAUUUAUCAUUGCUGUUUGCUUUUGCAUCAUGGCUCCUUUUUUCAGUCCAUAAAUAUACUUUAAGUGUGAAAAACCUUCAUUUGCUUGUGUUUUUGUGGUUUGUGAUACAGAUGUUUUAUCAAGAUUUCAGUGUUAAAUUUGUGUGUAAUAAAAAUCUAAUUAAUAAAAGCUUGUUAAAAGUUGUUUAUUUUUAGACCCAAUUUAGAUCAUUAUUUAUAAAUGCUUAUUUGACUAUA